AUGGCCGGCCACCCGGGUCUUCCCCCCGGUCACGCAUUGGCUCCUGGUCAACAUCCGAACGCUCAUCCAGGCGCCAUGAUGCAGCAAGUACAUCCUGGCGUGUCCGGGCCUGGCCCACAAGUAACUCAAGGCGGUCCGAUGAUGGGACAAAUGCCUCCAGGUGCGGGAACCACUGGCCCAGGAGGGCCCGUACAGGCUCACGCUCUCUCCCAUAUUGGCCCGCAACCGCACUUGUUUCAACAGCCACCAUAUGCGCAAAAUUUUGGCGGAAACCCGCAGCUUAUCCAGCAACAUCACCAGAACAUGAUGAGACAGCGUAUAAUGUUUCAGCAACAACAAGCGCAGCAAGGCCAAGGCCCUCAUCAGCAGCCACAACAGCCCCAGCCGCAGCACGGAGGUCUUUCUGUGUCCCUACCGAAUGGAACGCAAGCUAUGAACGCAGCGCACAUGGUUGCCAUGCAGAACCCGGCGAUGCGACCUAACAUUCAGCAAAUGCAGCAACUUCAGAUGUCUCAUGCGCAACCCCAAAGCCUUCAGCAGCAGCAACAGCAGCUAUUCGCCAUGCAGCAAGCACAGGCAGCCCAAGCCCAGGCCCAGGCCCAGGCUCAGGCUCAGGCCCAAGCACAGGCUCAGGCUCAAGCUCAAGCGCAGCAGGCCCAACAAGCGCAGCAAGUCCAGCAGCAGAAUACUGUUCAACCCGGCCAACAUACCCCGCAACAGCGUCCGGCACCUCAACCUCAAAGUGUGCACGACGCGCAAAGCGUCACACCGCAGCCUCAACCAGGACCGCCACCACACCAAGGAAGUGCAACUCCGCAACCAAACCCUCAACAAGCCCCGUCCUCCCAGCCACCACCGCAGCAACCGGUAGUCACCCAGCAAUCGCAGCCCACGCCAAAUCUCGCCCCUCAACAACUCCCUCAAACUCAACAGCCGGGCCAGCAGCCGCAGCAUCCGCAACAGCCGCAACAGCAGGCUCAAGCACAGCAGCCCCAGCCCCAGACGCAACCCCAGUCACAAUCUCAGCUGGGCCAGCAGCAUCCUGGCCAGCAACAAGGCCAGCAACCUCACCCAAUGGCUGCAGAAGCCAUGAAAGCGCAGCAGCAGCAGCAACAAAAUGCGGCAAUGUUAAUGCAGCAGUCGAGAAUGGCCAUGAGCGGACGAUCAAUUCUAAUUAUGGGUAACUUCGCUGAAGCGAUGAGCAGUUUCACCAGCCGAAACGAAGCUGCCGAUUUACAGUAUUGGUCAAGCUUCGUGGACAGGUUUUACGCACCCACUGGGCUUCUCCGCCAGGGCGUGUACAAUAGUCAAGCUGGCACCAAGCAGUUCGAGAUUGCAACUCCAGCGCUCGCGCGGUAUUACUUGACACAGUUUAACAGCGGGAUACGUCAAAUCCAGAUGUUUAUAGAGGGGCCUCGAGAAAAGGACUUGCCAAACGGAGGCCAUAUUGUCGAGUGUCCUAAAGCUUGUUUUGUCUAUUGGUUCACAAAUGACGCACAGCUUUUUACCACGGGUACUUUGAAGGCACACUUUGAUUACAACCACAGAAUUGAGAUGCUCGACAUCGUCAUCAUGAACCACACGGAGUAUCUUCCUCGGACCCAACUACAGGCAUUGGAGCUUGAUGCCAAACAGAGCCCGAAGCUCACUAAGAACGGCAAACGAGCUUCACAAAAGCAGCCUCAACAGCCCGCAUUCACCUUGCCUGAGUCUAUGGUGACGCCUAAUGGCGUCCCAGCUCCGGUAAUGCAAUUCUUGGAGGUGGCCGAGACAAUAUCACAGAUGCAGCUUUUGUUCCAAUACUCGCAGCAGAACCCGAACUUGACACCAUCUGAAUCCCUGCGGAAUCUUGUCAGCUUCAUGCAGGCUAACCAGAACGCGAACCCAGUCUUCAUGCAGGCUCCUAUGAACCCGGGGAUGCAGCCUGGUCAGAACGCACGGGCACCUAGCAUGGGUGGACCAAAUCAAUUUGCGUCCCCUGGAAUGGCCCAUCUCAAUUUACCGGUCGGUCCUCAAGGCUCGCCUCACCUCUCAGGGUCGGCCCACCCAAGUCCUGGUCAGAGCAAUCUGUCCGGACCUCCGGGAAUGGGUCCACAAGGCCAAAUGCCACAACAGGUUGGUAGCGCUAGCGCAAGCCCUAAUGUGAGUAACAAGCGUCGACGUGCGAGUACCGUCAAGAUGGAGGGCGACGAAAACACCGGUGAGGUCAAUGGCACCGCUCCUGGGCCCACCAAAGUCAAGGCUAGUCCUCGAGUAGGAGGCAAGAGACAGAAAGGGACUGCCGCUUGA